AUGGGACUGUUCAGUUUACUUAACUUCUCCGAGAACGGGCUCUUUACCAAUGCGGCCAUCGCGCUCGUCACCGUCCUCUUUGUGUACCGCUAUGCUGCGAGGAAGAUUCAUCCAAAGGAACCCUCUGUAGUCGCCCCCAGGGUUCCAUUUGUCGGCCAUCUCAUUGGCAUGGCGAUGCAUGGAGGUAAAUAUGUCAAGAACCUGGGGCUCGCUCACAAGCACAUGCCCAUCUUCACUUUACCCGUACCAAUGUCGCGGAUCUACAUCGUGACGGAUCCGUCUCUGGCGGCUGUGGUGCAGCGCGCGUCAAAGUCGCUAUCGUUCACUCCGCUCGUCCCCGACAUUACCGAACGUGUACUUGGCCUCGACAAGAGAACCGUGGAGAUCGUGAAACAAAAUCUCGACCCUCUGCCGGGCGAAGAGCGUGGUUUCCUCGCCGAUAUCCACGAUAUGCUCUACAACUACCUCGGACCUGGUGAGGCCCUCAAUGACAUGAGCUGCGAGGCUACCCAGGAGCUCUAUGAUCAGUUGGCCGGAUAUGUGAACGCUAUUCGGGAGAAGAAAGGCCGGUCCGAAGUGGUCGACCUUCUUGACUGGGUGCGACACUUCGUGGCGGCGGGCACGGCGAACUUCUUGUACGGGCCUAAUAAUCCCUUCGCUGUGGACCCCAAGCUAGAGAAGGCGUUCUGGGAUUUCGACCACGGUCUCGGCGGGCUGCUGAUGGGUAUAUUUCCUUCUUUGACAGCGGCUAAAGCGUAUAAUGGAAGAGAGAAGUUGUCCAAGGCCCUCAAGGACUAUCUCGAGGCGGGGCACCACAAGGAAGCGUCCCGGAUCGUCCAGAGUAGGAUACGAAUCGCCGAAGAAUACGACUGGACCGUGGACAUGACCGCUCGCUCCGAGCUCUCGUUCCUCUUCGCCGGCAUUGUCAACACGUCCACCACGCUCUUCUGGAUCCUCCUUCAAGUAUCCGCCCGUCCGAAGCUGCUCGCUCAGAUCCGUGCCGAACUAAAGGACGCGAUGGUAAGCAGCGUGGAAACUUCCGGAGAAGACACUCUUAGCAUGAAUGCCGUGAGAGAAAAGUGCCCAACGCUUAACGCGGUCUUCCGAGAAUGCCUACGAGUCGGAUCCGAAAACUACUCCACACGGCUAGUGAAGGAGGAUACCAUGCUCGCAGACAAGUACUUCCUGCGCAAGGAUUCUGUUGUGCAGAUUGCCGGCAGCGUCAUACACUCCGACGAGGAGAUAUGGGGCGACGACGUGGCCGAGUUUAACCCGGAUAGGUUCCUCCAGAAUUCGCGUGAAAACAAGUCCAACGUUCACCCGGCCGCCUUCCGGGCCUUUGGUGGAGGAAAGACGCUUUGUCCGGGCCGUCACUUUGCGACGAAUGAGAUCCUCAUGCUCGCCGCGCUGAUGAUCCUCAGCUUUGAUUUCAGUGCCCCUGGUGGAGGGGAGAUCUCUGUUCCCAAGAAGAACGACGCCAUCAUGCCCGUGCACAUCUUGGAGCCGCUUACACGGGAACCGAUCAAGGUUGAUGUUAAGCUGAGGGAGGAGGCAGAUGAAGCUAUCAAGCUGAAGGUGGCGCUUUAG